GGUUCUAGUUGGCAGAGCUCUCCCCGGAUGGAAGCUCCCGCCGCGGGGUGAUGGUGGCGGCAGCGGAGAUGGGCCGGGCAGGGACCAUGGCGGUGGCGGCAGAGGUGGCAGGGGAGGGGCGGCUCGUGGGAGAGGUGGCUGAGGUCUUCAAGGAGCUGUAGGUGGAGGCAUGGCUCGGGCCAGCAGCGCAAACGGCAGCGAGGAGGCCUGGGAAGCACUUCGGGCGCCGCAACAGCAGCUUCGAGAGCUGUGCCCGGGAGUGAACAACCAGCCCUACCUCUGUGAGAGUGGUCACUGCUGUGGGGAGACCGGCUGCUGCACCUACUACUACGAGCUCUGGUGGUUCUGGCUGCUCUGGACCGUCCUCAUCCUCUUUAGCUGCUGUUGCGCCUUCCGCCACCGACGAGCUAAACUCCGGCUGCAGCAACAGCAGCGGCAGCGUGAGAUCAACUUGUUGGCCUACCAUGGGGCAUGCCACGGGACUGGCUCUGUUCCUUCCGGUUCACUGCUUGACCUCCGCCUCCUCAGCACCUUCAAACCCCCAGCCUAUGAGGACGUGGUGCAGCGCCCAGGCACACCACCACCUCCUUAUGCUGUGGCCCCAGGCCACCCUUUGAAUGCUUCCAGCGAGCGCACCUGCUGCUCCUCUGCAUCUAGCUGCCCCACCCACUGUGAGGGAACAGAUGUGGCCAGCAGUAUGACCUCCCUUCACCAGAGUGCCCCCCCUCAUCAGGAAGGGGAUCCUGGAGCAGGGGUGAGCCCUGCCCACACACCGCCCUCUUGCCGCUAUCGCCGCCUGACUGGUGACUCAGGCAUCGAGCUCUGCCCCUGUCCUGACUCCAGCGAGGGUGAGCCAGUCAAGGAGGCAAGGGGUAAUGCCACACCCCCAGAUUUGGAGGACUACUCCCCUUGUGUACUGGCCUCAGAUCCUGUACCCCAGGUCUCUCCUAUGGGGCUGGCUUCCAGUGAACAGCAUGUCCCAUGAGUAGUUUUGAGAGGGCAGGUGGGUUCCUUGCCCACCAGAAACAGCCCUUGGCCCUUUUCUGUCCCCCUAUUAUCUGCCUGAAGGGACUGGAGCCCUGAGGAGGGGCAGUGUUUGGGAGACUGUGCUGGCUCCACCCCUCAAGACAUACACAAGAGCCUUUGAUCUCAUUAAAGAGAUGUGAACCAGCUG